UGACUGAAAGUGUUGACGUUGAAAUCUGCUCACAGGCCCGAAGUGUUUAAAUGAACUUUUGUUGCUUUUACUAGUAAUUUGACAGAAUGGCAGUUAUUUACAUGCGUAAAGAGAAAAUUGAAAUAUCAUAAACUUCGUAUGGUAGAGCAUAACAUAUUUCAUCGAAUUGGAAAUCUGUGAUAAAGAGACGUCGGAUGAAUUUACAAGUUUGGUCUAUAAUAGACUGAAGUCUGACUGAAGAUAGACAUACAGAGCAGCUGAACAUAAGUUUAAGGAAGUUUGAAGUCUAAUUAUGGAGCUUGUGCACAUGUUUGGUGCACUAUGUACAGCCUCAUCAUUCUGUUUCCAACUUGUAGGCAUGCAAAUAUGCUAUAGUAUAGUAAAGAAAGGUGGGACAGGAGAUAUGUCACCUUUCACCUUUAUAUCUUACUUCGUUGCGUGCUCAAUGUGGCUGAAAUAUGGCUUAAUACAAAAGUUACCUGUAGUUAUUGCUGUAAAUGCUUAUGGUGCUACUCUCAACUUUAUAUAUACCAUCAUCUUCUACAGAUUUAGUACCAAAAAAUUACAGUUUCAUCGGUUUAUAUUUCUCGGAGCGGCCAUGCUGGUCUCCCCUUUGAUGUACAUCAGAUAUUACCAAACAGAUGUUAAAUUAGCAAUGGAGCAUUUAGGAUCAUACUGCGUUUUGUUGACUGUUAUAGGAUAUGGUGCUCCAUUAGUGUCCUUGACUGAUGUAUGGAGAACGAAAAGUACAGAGAGUUUAUCAUUUGUGCUAAUUUUUGCCAACUUCAUGGUAGCAGUGCUAUGGACAGUGUAUGGAGGCAUGAUAAAAGAUAAAUAUGUUCAGGCACCAAAUGUUCUUGGAGGAAUUCUAGCGUUAAUACAACUGUCUCUUUUCAUCAUCUACCCAUCGUCACAAUUGAAAAACUUGCAUGCUAAAACAGACUAGAAAGUUCGGAUCUUGCUAUGACACAAAGCUGUGGUAAAUGCAAACUGGGUUUCUUUCACUAAUACACAAGUUUGAUUUUCUGUAUUAGAUUAAGCUGUCAUAACCAUUUUACUGCUCGCACACACAUUUUUCAUCGUGUAUCUUUUAUACCAACAUGCUCUUAAAAUGUCACAUUUAUUAGCUCGACUUUUCAAAGAAAAAGUAGAGCUAUUGCACUCUUCCCAGCGUCAGCAUUGCCAUCGCCUUUGGCUAAAGUUUUUGAUAAAGUCAAAUAUCUCUGUUACUAUCACAGCUAUUGACUUAAAACUUAAAACAGUUAUUUACUAUCAAAGUCUACACCAGGAGAAACAAUCCCCAUAACUCUGAUUGAAUUUUGACAGAGUUAUGCCCAUUUUUAACUUUAAUAGAAUUUUUUGGUUGAAGUUUUUGAUAAAGUCAAAUAUCUCUGUUACUAUCAAAGCUUUUGACUUGAAACUUAAUUAUUCACUAUCAAAGUCUACACCAGGAGAAACAAUCCCCAUAACUCUGAUAUGAAUUUUGACAGAGUUAUGCCCCUUUUUAGCUUGGAAUUUUUUUAUUAAAGUUUUUUAUAAAGUCAAAUAUCUCUGUUACUAUCAAAGCUUUUGACUUGAAACUUAAAAUAGUUAUUAACUAUCAAAGUCUACACCAGGAAAAAUAAUCCCCAUAUAACUCUGAUUUGAAUUUUGACAGAGUUAUGCCCCUUUUUACUUUAGAUUUUUUUGGUUCAAGUUUUUGAUUAAGUCAAAUAUCUCUGUUACUAUCAAAGUUUUUGGCUUGAAACUUAAAUAGUUAUUCACUCUCAAAGUCAACACCAAGAGAAACAAUCCCCAUAACUUUGAUUUGAAUUUUGACAUAGUUAUGCCCCUUUUUAACUUAGAUUUUUUUGGUUCAAGUUUUAUAAUGUUUUUACUGGCACAGCUCUAAUUCAGAGUCAAGAUCUGAGAAAAGUUGAGCAUGUUGUCUCGCAGACAGCUCUUGUUAAGAUAUUUUUUGCUUGUCAGCAAGCAGCAAAUUUUAGACUUAACAACUGCUAGAUGUAAGUUUUUUUCUUUCAUUUUAUGAAAACUUUCUUGAUUUGCUGUUGCACAUAUAACACAGUUGUCCGGAUGUACCUAUCGAGCAGCAGUAUAGAAAUUUUGAAAUAUUCCCUGGAUAUUUUUGAUUCUUUAAAUUUUAUUAAAAAAUAAUGAAUACAAUGUAGAAAUGAAUCAAAUUCAUCCUGAUCUACCUCUAACAAUAUGUUUUAAGUAACACACUUAAUGAAAAUUUGUAUUCCUUUUAAUAAGGAUGGGUUUUUUUUCCUUGGUGAUAAAGUUUAGUUUCAUUUCAAGGAAACUGAUAUUAGCCGCGCCAUGAGAAAGCCAACAUAGUGGCUUUGCGACCAGCAUGGAUCCAGACCAGCCUGCGCAUCCACGCAGUCUGGUCAGGAUCCAUGCUGUUCGCUUUCAAAGCCUAUUGCAAUUUGAGAAACUGUUGGCGAACAGCAUGGAUCCUGACCAGACUGCGCGGAUGCGCAGGCUGGUCUGGAUCCAUGCUGGUCGCAAAGCCACUAUGUAGAGACCGUACCAUAGCUCUUCGCAUACUUUGAUUUUUCAAACUAAAGUGAUUUUUACAAGUGCACCGGUUACGAUAAAAAUGUAAACAACGGACUCUGUCUAUGAAACUUUGAAAUGAAUGAAUGGCAGUCGAUCUUAGUCAUAAUACUGACUGACAGUGAAUGCUAAUGACUCCAUGUGUUGCAGAAAGGUAUUUAGUUUGUAACUGUAAUUUCCCAUCAAUUGAAAUCCUCUCAAAACUGGUAAAAUAAUUACUUAUAUUUGGACAAAACUCACCGUCUUUGCCGUUCGACAGCUGCAAAAAGGGCAAAUAUAAAAGAUUCAGUGUAAGUAAUAUUUCACUGGUACUACCAGUUAGUAAGUUCAUACUCUGAACAACACGUCAGAGAAAUUUGGGCAGAUUUUACCGAUUAUGACGUUGGCAGCAUUAGAUUAUAUGUUUUCUUUACACAAAAAUUGCUGUUAGGUAACAAAGCGAAUACGCUGAUAAUCCGGAGUUCACCGAUUAUUGUUCCAGUUCACGCAAUGUACUCCAGCAAUUAAACUGCAUAGCUAUUAGCUACUGCUGUUAUAGGGAAGUGGUAGAGUGUCUGCCUUAGGUGUGAGAGGUCCUGGGUUCGAGUCCCAGUUAGAGCUUAACUAUUUAGAUUCUGCUAAAGCAUAGUUUUGCUGUUAAUAGACUGUUACAGAUGUUCUCAAUUUUUAGCACACAGUAUCAUGGAUCAUUAUUUAGCAAUCCAGAUCAAAGUUGAAUGUUAAAUCAAAUGCACCCAAUUAGAAAAUAUUGACUAUGUUAUGUCCCUUUGAUGUUUAUGCUUUCCAUGUUCAAGAAGAGUUGCAUUUCCUUGAUCACAAAAUUUUCGUUAACAUGAAAAUAUUAAAUGCUCAUAACUCAACACUUUUGGUUAAAAUAUUGUCUAUAUUUCUGUUUUUGAGAAAUAUAUGGACAUUUGUAUUCAUUUCAAAGCUUUUUAACUUCAAACCUAUGAUUUGAAGAACUUAGGUACUAUCUCUACACUAUGCUGGUUUUCCCAUGGCACGGCUGAUAUACAUUUGUAGAUAUGAACCUCUACUUCUGAAAAUGGACCAGACUUGUUUUCACUGUGCAUCUUGGUACAUUUUUGUGAAAAUUCACUUUAUCAAGAUAGUUAUCAGAAUUCAAAGUCCACCGUCUUUAAAACACAUUUGUUCUGUGAUGAACAUGUUCUUAUUGACUAACAGGGUUGCAAUGCUUGUAGAGUAAAAAAUCAUUGUAUUUAUAAACAUUUACUAUCAAAAAAUGUAUUUUUAAUAUAUUAUACAUACUAUUUUAUUUUUUCUAUAAAUUUCUAAUUAUUUUUGUCAUAGAAAAUGAACAAACAUUAAAAGGUUAUCUGCCCCUGCAGGUAUAGUUGGACAUUUAUAUUAACUUCUGACCGCCCUAUUCCCACUUUCUGCUUACAUGUGUUAACACACUAUGUAUUAGACCCGCCAGCUUAGCUCAGUAGGUAGAGCGCCGGUCUACAGAUCGUGGGGUCGUGAGUUUGAUCUCGGGCUUGGCGUAUGCUCUCCGUGACUAUUUGAUAAACGGCAUUUUGUCUGAACUCAUUAGUCCUCCACCUCUGAUUCAUGUGGGGAAGUUGGCAGUUACUUGCGGAGAACAGGUUUUUACUGGUACAGAAUCCAGGAACACAGGUUAGGUUAACUGCGCGCCGUUACAUGACUGAAAUACUGUUAAAAAGCAGCGUUAAACCCAAAACAAAACAAAACUCUUCAGUUCUCAUAAAACUUCUAAGUAUGCAAAACUAUUUUGAAGUAAAUCUUAAAUAAAGAAAUCAAGAAUAAUAAUAAGGAAUGCAUCUUUUGUGGUGUUGACUGGGACAGUGUUUUAUUAUUUUUUUUUUUUGCAUCACAUUUUGUAGUUAAAGGACUGAAAAGAAAUUUGUUACAUGUUCAAAGUUGUACAUGCUUAGACUGACAUACUUUGCCUAAGUUUUCAGCAAAAUCAGUCUAUUUAAUAUCAUAUCAUUCUGCCCAAGUGUUUCUGUACUAGUUUUGUUUAUAUAUGAAAUUAACAAACAAUUUCUUUGGCUGUAUUAACUAUGUUUCAGUAGUUGAAUACUUUUUUUUCUGGAUACUUCAUUUCUAAAUCUUUCUUUUGUUUUUGCUGCCAAGUGUGGAAUCAUGAAUGUCUGCGGGCAUGAAAUCAGGUGGUUUGUGCUAAAAUGGCUAUUCCAUGAGGACACAGAUUAAAUUUUGUGGAUCUCAUUAGAUGAUAAUUAAAUGAAUUUGGAAUCUUUUUUUGUUCAUUUGGAUUAAAUUUUGUACUUGAUUUAGACAACCACAAAACCUGUGUGAAUAGUCCCCUAUAAAUAUGAUUUCACAGUAAUUUACACAUUUCUGCCAAUAUAAGAUCAGUAUUAGACCAUUGAAAUAAGAAGACGUGGUUUCUAUAAAACAAGUGAAAACUUGAUUUUGUUUUCUUCCUUUCACUUAAAAAAGUAUAGUAUCAAAUAUAUUAUAGAAUGGUGUAGAAUUACUCAAAAAUGUUAUUUUUAUAUUUUCCAACAUUUUAAUAUAAAAGUAUCUUAUAACUCUAGUCAUAUAACAACAGUCUGUGUUGAUUUAUGUUAAUAUGUACAAUCAUGGUAUUAACUUUUAGCCUGCUGGCCGCAAGUGAUUCUGCCUUUGUGACCAGCCUGCUGGUGGCAGACCAAAGAUCAGCUUGCAUGUCCAUGAUGAUAAAUUUUUGUUCGAAUAAUAAAUGGUAUUGCCCAAAUUGAAUGAUGGACCAGUCCAUUUUAGAAAUUUAGCAGGCUAAAGGUUAAUAAAACAAGUCAUGUUUUCCUGCAAUUUCAAAAUUUUGUAUUUGCUUCCGUGUAAAAGAGACAUGAAUUAUGUGUCACAAGACACUGUUUAUACUUAGGUUAUGUAACAUAGAGUUGAGGGAUGCUUAGAACAUAGAAGUCUAUUUUAAGCACAGUUUUUUCUCUAGUCUAUUUUUAGAAUCAAAAUUAAAUAUUAUAUCCUUUACUCUGGCAUUAUAUAGGCAUUUUUAAAUGCCAAUCACCUAGCAGAAAAAUAGUUUUGUAGUACAGCUAUUCGUGAUGGAAAUGAUUCAAAUCAAAGACAUUCUGUUAUUGUCUCCACAAAAUAUUUUAUGUUUAUGUGGUGGCAAACGACAGUAAAACAUAUAAAUGACAAUAUAAUUAUUUGUAUUUAAGAAAUUUACAUGGCACAUGCUCGCAUAUAUAUAGCAACAUGCCAUUUAGGAAUGUCUGGGGAAUCAGUUAAUAAGCAUAUAUUUAAGUGGUUAUAAUCUGGUAUUAAGUAUAUGUGCACAUUUGUGUAUUUUUUAGAAUCAAUAUAUAUAUAUAUAUAUAUAUAUAUAUAUAUAUAUAUAUAUAUAUAUAUAUAUAUAUAUAUAUAGAAAGGAUUCCCUGUUAGUGAACAUUAAAACAAAAAACAGGAAUUAAUGUUUUUGGCCUGGUUUUAGAUUUGUAGCAUGACAUUGUAAGUGUGUUUCUAUAAGUAUCUGAUUAUUUCACGGGACCAAAAUUUAGUGUAAUCUAGAAACAGCCUAAUUAUUGGAGGUUUUAUAUUUGUGUAAGCUGUGCGAAAUAGUUUUUUGGAUAGUAAUCAAGAAUGCUAAAGUUAUGGAUUUAAUUUCAUCUUACACAGACAUUUAUGAUGGUAUGGUAAUUUCAAUGGGAAUAACACUUUCUUAUGUUUCUCUUAACAUAUGCACGCAUAUAUAGUUUCCUUAAAACAUUUCAAAUGUAAUACCAUAGGAAAUAUUUUGUUUGCUCCUAGUCAUUUUUGUCGAGCCCGCUUGCGGAAGCAAAGACAUAGUCGUCCAAAUAGCUGUUUGGUGUAUGUGUGUGUGUGCUUUCGUACUUGCGUGCAUCUGUCGUCCGGAUUUGUUUGUCCAGACAAUAACUUUGACAUGCAUGGAGCAGUCAUGUUUAUAUUUGGCAUGAAUGUUAACUUCAGUGAGACCGAGUGUCUUGCACAAACCCCAGGUUCCUAUCUCAAAGGUGAAGGUCAGAGUUGGAAGUUAAAGGUCAUGUCAAAUCUUGUCCAGCCCAUAACUUUGACAUGCAUUGAGGAAUCUUUUUUUAUUUGGCAUGAAUGUUUAACUCAAUGAGAGGGAGUGUCAGGUGCAAACCCCAGGUUCCUAUCUCAAAGGUCAAGGUCACAGUUAGGGGUCAAAGGUCAUUUUAGAGCUUGUCCAGGCCAUAACCUUGAUAAGUAUGGAGCAAUUUUAUUUUCUUUGGCGUAAAUAAUCACCUGUAUGAGACAAAGUGUUUUGGGCAAACCUCUGGUCCCUGUCUCAAAGGUCAAGGUCACAUUUGUGGGUCAAAGGUCAUUUUAGAGCUUGUCUGGGCUGUAACUUUGCCAUGCAUAAAGCCAUCUUUUUUCUUCAUAAAUGUUUGCCUCAAUGAGAUAGUGUUGCGUGCAACUCGACAUGUUGACUUUGGGUAUCUAGUAUAAAGCAGUUGUGUGUAGUUUGUAAACACAAUGAAAAAUAAUUAUUCAUAGGUCUGCUUUCAGUAAAAUAAAGUAUAUAAAGUUAAAUACCUGAACAUUUUCUGUUUGAAGCAUUUUUGUGUACUAUGAAUAAUUAUGUAAUAUAUUUCAGUGAAAAUAUGUCUGCUAAUAGGUUUUUAAAUUAACAUUUUACAAAAGGUGGUUAAUUUUAGCCAGAUGUAAUUAUAGUCGAAAUGCAAAUCUAUAAUGAUUUAGUUACAUAUAAAACAAAAUCAAAUGAGCUGCACAAUGAGAAAACCAACAUAGUGCAUUUGCGACCAGCAUGGAUCCAGACCAGCCUGCGCAUCCACACAGUCUGAUCAGGAUCCAUGCUGUUCGCUUUCAAAGCCUAUUGCAAUUAGAGAAGCCAUUAGCGACCAGCAUGGAUCCUGACCAGACUGUGCAGAUGCUGGUCGCAAAUGCACUAUGUUGGUUUUCUGAUGGCGAGGCUCAUUUUCAUUUUACAUGUUAUAUAGAUUUGUAAAAUAAUGUAGAAUUUUCUGUUGAGUUUUGUCUAGGUUUAUACAGUACCUUACAACUUGUUUAGAGUGAACACCACCGUAAAGACAAAAAUGUGUAUGUGGUAUUGACAUUGUUGCUUUGUGGAGGUUGAUUUAUUAAGAAUCUUAUGUAAUGGUAUAUGAAAUAUCUGUCUUUGUGGAGAU